CCCGGAAAUCACCGGACUUCCUGUAAAGAGUAAGCUCAUGUUUAAGGGUGUAAAAAAUAACGGUGAAAAACAAAUGAUGUGAACAACUUUCAGUUUCAGUUUACAGUAAAUCAUGCUCUUUCAAGAAAGUGGUGUGUCUGUGUGUGUGUGUGUGUGUGUGUGUCUGUCUGUGUGUGUGUCUGUGUGUGUGUGUGUGUGUGUGUGUGUGUAUGUGUAUGUAUGUGUGUGUCUGGACAGAAAGUGAAAGUAGAAUAGGGUUCAAAAACUGAAGGUAUAAAAGUGGGGACUGGGGAAGCUGCUCUAAUAGUCGACCCAGUCAGAAGCUCAUUGUUCAUCUGGAUGCAUUGAACUGAAUAAAAUGGGAGGGUCUGAGUCUACACCUCAACGACCUCAAACACCUCCACCGCCUCCAGAAUUUGAUAAGCCAUGGAGGAUAAUGCCUUGGGGGAACAAAGACAGUUUAGGAGAGAAACUGAGGAACUUUAAGCUCUGCAGUUCUGAUGUUAAGUUUGUCAGGCUUCUUAUUGUUGGUGAAGAUGGAGCAGGAAAGUCCAGCUUUAUAAAUUCAGUCAAUAAUGUUUUCCAAGAGCGAAUCACCUGUGGGGCUCUUGUUGAUGCAACAUCUGGAACCAGUUUCACAAAAAAUUACAAAACCUAUUAUAUCAAGGGGAAGGACGGCUCCCGUUUACCUUUUGUGUUCAGUGACGUCAUGGGACUUGAACCUGCCGAUGGACAAGGCGCACAUGUAAAGGACAUCAUCACAGCCUUAAAGGGGUUUCUUGAGGAAGGAUAUAAAUUUAAUCCUGCUAAUCACGUGUCUGAGAAGGACUCCAACUACAAAACAAAUCCCAAAGUUUCUGAUCAAACCUUCUGCCUGGUCAACGUUCUAUCUGCAAGCACAGUGUCACUCAUGGACCAAAAGCUUAUUCAAAAGAUGAAAGAGAUCCGUAAGGUGGCUUCAGAGUAUAAUUUGCCUCAAGUUAUCAUCAUGACAAAAGUGGAUGAAACCUGUCCACUGGUUAAACGUAACCUAAAAAAGGUCUACACCAGCAAGAAGAUCAAAGAAAAGAUGCAGGAGUGUAGUAAUCUGCUGGGUAUUCCACUGAGCAACAUCUUCCCUGUGAAGAACUACCACGAGGAGGUGGAUACGAACGAUGACACGGAUGUUCUGAUCCUCAAGGCGCUCGAUCAGAUCGUGAAUCUCACCAACGAUGCUCUGGAAAACCAAAACCCUAGUGAGAAAUCUGAGUGAAGGCUUUUUUGUUGUUGUUGUUCUUUUCCACCCCUACACCAGUGCAGAGUAUUUAUGACAGUGAAAAAGCAUGAAAUUGUGUCUAAAGUACAUUAUUAAAGUAAAGCUAAUUUCGUCUACUGUAAUCAUAACUGGUUUGUG